UGCUGGAAUUCUGAUUCACACGAAGAGCGGGAAAUUUCAGAUGACAAAAGCUUAAUCUUUAGUCUGCACACAACUCACCAACAUGGAUGUGGAGUCCGGCACCGAGCAUCCGCCGCCGCCGCCGCCGACGGUGGCGGCGGCGGCGAUGGCGGCCGUGGUUUCCUCAAUCAACCGCCUCAACGACUACGUUGCAGAGAGCCGAAUCGGAAAGCGGUUCAAAAUAAAGGAGCGGAAUACCAGCUUCACCACCGAGCUCCGCGCCGGCACGGCGACGUUUCUCACAAUGGCCUACAUCCUCGCCGUCAACGCCUCCAUUCUCACAGACUCCGGCGGAACGUGCUCAGUCGCCGAUUGUAUCCCUCUCUGCUCCGACCAAUCGAUUUCGCCGGCCGAAUGCAUCAAUCACCCCAAUUCGAGACUCCUAAACCCCGACGAAUCGUGCAAAUUCAAUCCAGUAAACCCUGGCUACGCCGCCUGCCUCGAGAGAACGAAGAAGGACCUAAUCGUCGCCACGGCGGCCUCCGCCCUAAUCGGAUGUCUGAUAAUGGGGAUUUUCGCCAACCUCCCCUUAGGAUUAGCUCCGGGGAUGGGCGCCAACGCCUAUUUCACCUACACCGUCGUCGGAUUCCAUGGAUCGGGAAGCAUACCUUACCGGAGUGCUCUGGCCGCGAUUUUCAUCGAAGGAUUAAUCUUCCUAAUAAUCUCAGCCGUCGGACUGCGUGCGAAGCUCGCGAAAAUGGUGCCGAAGCCGGUGAGGAUUUCUUCCUCCGCCGGAAUCGGAUUGUUCCUCGCCUUCAUCGGAUUGCAAGGCGAGCAAGGAAUAGGUCUAAUCGGCUACAGUUCGUCCACAUUGGUGACUCUCGGAGGUUGCCCUAGAUCCGCCCUUGCAGCGGUGGCGCCGGUGGUAACUUCUGCGAACGGCACCGUUUCGCUCCUCCCCGGCGGCGCCGCCUCCGGCGGCAUACUCUGUUUGCACGACAAGAUGCAGAGCCCCACUCUGUGGCUGGGAUUGGUCGGAGUGGUUAUAAUUAGUUACAGCCUGAUGAAAAACGUGAAGGGAGGGAUUAUAUACGGCGUCGUUUUUGUCACAGCUGUUUCGUGGUUCCGCAACACCGCCGUAACCGCCUUUCCAAACACGCCGGCCGGGGACGGCGCGUACCGUUACUUCAAAAAGGUAGUUAGCAUUCAAAAAAUCGAGAGCACCGCGGGCGCGUUGAGGUUCACGCACGUCGGAAGCGGUCGGUUCUGGGAAGCUCUGGUGACGUUCCUCUACGUCGACAUCCUCGACACCACCGGAACUCUAUAUUCAAUGGCGAGAUUCGCCGGUUUCCUCGACUCACAGGGGAAUUUCGAGGGGCAAUACUUUGCCUACAUGUCCGACGCGGCGUCGAUCGUGGUGGCGUCGCUGCUAGGGUCAUCGCCGACGACGGCUUUCAUCGAAUCGUCGACAGGAAUACGAGAAGGAGGCAGGACAGGGCUGACGGCGGUGACGGUGGCGAUGUAUUUCCUGAUGGCGCUGCUGUUCACGCCGCUGCUGGCGUCGAUUCCGGCAUGGGCGGUGGGGCCGGCGCUGAUUCUGGUGGGGGUGCUGAUGAUGAAGGCGGUGGCGGAGGUGGAGUGGGGGGACAUGAGGGAGGCGAUUCCAGCGUUCGCGACGGUGGUUCUUAUGCCGGCGACGUAUUCGAUAGCGAAUGGGCUGAUAGGAGGGAUUGUGGCGUAUAUAGUGUUGCAUGUGUGGGAAUGGUCGCACAAGCUGUGGCAGAAAUUCAAGAAUCGAAGAAAUGCACAAAAGUGAAGAAAAUAAAAUAAAAUGAAUUUUGUUUGUGUUGAUUUGGUGUAUAAUAAAUAAUAUGCUUUUCAUUUUUUUCUUUUAUCCUUGUAAAGAGUGAAGUCGAUAUGUGUUUGUGGAUAUAUACAUUGAUGAUCUCACCGUUGUUGUGUAUGAUUCAAUAUAGUUGUUGCUUA